AUGGCAGCGGCGUUUGAAGAGUUUGGAGUGAUGCCAGAGCUGAUAAAGGCGGUGGAGGAGCUGGGGUGGACUCUUCCCACAGACAUCCAGGCUGAGGCUAUCCCGCUCAUCCUCGGCGGAGGCGACGUCAUGGCCGCUGCCGAGACGGGAGCUGGCAAGACGGGGGCUUUCGGUCUGCCCGUGCUGCAGAUCGUACACGAGGUGCUGCGAGAAGCGGCCAUGCCUCACCAGACCUCGUCGUCUUCCUCAUCUUCAUCUUCAUCUUCAUCUUCAUCUCCCUCCACCGACACUGCCGUGGGCACGAAGGUAGCCCUGAGCCCUGACGACCGAGAUGCGCGGGUCGCGGUGGAUGCACGCGGGCUCGUGUGCCAAUCCCGUGACGAGUUCCAGUGGGGUGGCUGUCGCGCCACCGUGGGCGUCACCACAGGCAAGUACUACUACGAGGCAAAGGUGACCGACGAGGGUCUCUGUCGUGUGGGUUGGUCCACCAGGGCCGCUGCGCUGGAUCUCGGCACCGACGCCCACGGCUACGGAUUCGGCGGCACAGGCACACACUCGCGCUUCGUCUCUAAUCAUUGCAAGAAGUCCAACAGGAGGCAGUUCGACACGUACGGCGAACCCUACGGCAAGAACGACGUGAUCGGGUGCUUCAUCGACUGCGACGAGGGCACCAUCCACUUCACCAAGAACGGACGCUCGCUGGACAAGGCCUUCGAUAUCCCGCCUCGCGGCUUCGCCUUCUACCCCGCCGUCGUGCUCAAGAAUGCGGAGAUGGAGUUCAACUUUGGCCAUUCGCCGUUCAAAUACGACCCGGGAGAUUACAAGCCCAUCUCCGCGGCUCCCAUCGCCGAGACCACGCUCGGCGCCGCUGGGUCGGCCGGCCGCAAAGGACGUGGCCCGUUGGCGAUCAUUAUCGAGCCGACGCGGGAGCUGGCGCAGCAGACACACGAGCAGUUGGGCCUGUUCAAGAAGCACCUGACGGCGCCCAGCCUGGAGAUCCUUCUGCUCGUGGGCGGCAUGCCCGUACCGCCCGCCCUGAACGCCCUCAAGCACGGUGUCGACAUCAUCACCGCCACCCCGGGCAAGCUCAUGGAUCUCAUUAAGUCGGGCAAGGUGGACCUGUCGGACGUGCGGUUCUUUGUGUUGGAUGAGGCCGACCGCUUGGUCUCCCAGGCCGAAGACGCGGCGGCUAUCAGUGACCUCUACUCGAAGCUGCCCAAGGCCGUGCACCGGCUGCAGGUGCUCAUGUUCUCGGCCACCCUGCACUCGCCCGAGAUCACCGACAUGUCGCAGAAGAUCUGCAAGUUCCCGACGUGGGUCGACCUCAAGGGCAAGGAGAGCGUACCCGAGACGGUGCACCACGCCAUUGUGUGGGCGGACCCGGACAAGGACCACUCUUGGGUGAGCCCGCUCAAGCGGCCCAAGACCGACGGCAUUCACGCCAAAGAUUCGCACCCGACGACGAAGACCGUCGCCACCAACGAGCUGCAUUACUCGCAGGCCGUCAAACUGCUCAAGCCCAUCCUGGUGGCCAAGGUGAUCGACGCACACAAGAUGGAUCAGGCGCUCAUCUUUGUGCGAACGCGGGUGGACGCGGACUGCCUCGAGGCCUACUUCAACGACCUCGGCGGCAAGGAGAAGGGCAAGAGAGCGCUCAUCGAGCAUGCCUACUCGUGCGCGUCGCUGCAUUCGGGCCGUUCGAUGCGGGAACGGAGCGCGGCGCUGGAGGGCUUCAAGAACGGUGAGAUCCGGUUCCUCAUCUGCACCGACGUGGCCGCUCGCGGUAUCGACAUCAAGGAGCUGCCCUACGUCAUCAACGUGACGCUGCCCGACAAGUCGGAGGAUUACAUUCACCGCGUGGGCCGCGUGGGCCGUGCCGAUCGCCUGGGCAUGGCGAUCUCCAUCGUGGCGCGAGGCAAGGAGAAGGUGUGGUUCCAUCAGUGCAAGAGCCGCGGCUCCGGCUGCCAGGACGUGCGACUGGUGGAGGAGGGCGGGUGCGGUCUGUGGUUUGACGAGCCCUCCUACAUCGCCGCCAUCCAGAAGCGACUCGGCGGCGAACCCAUCCCCGAGUUGGACAGCAACAUGCAGCUCCCGGGAGCAAGCGAGGGAGAGGUGGUCUACGGGCAGAAGAAGGACCAAUCGGACAGCCACGAUACGCUCAUCCACCUGCAGCAGCUCACGCCGCUGGUGAAGCAGUUGGCCGUGCUCGAGAGCGCCGCGCAGAAGCAGUACUGGAACCUGCGCUGCGGCUUCUCCUCUUGA